UCACCAUCCAGGUUCAUCGUUUCAUCAUGCAUGUUCUCGUGCAUCUCGCUCAGCAUCUAGAAGUGUUGUGACGAUUCGCAUCUUUUGUUCACGUCUUGUGACCGUAGUGCUCACGUAUCAAAAAGUUUAACUUCGAAUUUCCUCCACGGAAUACAAAUUAAAGUCGGUGGAAAUUUCUAACCGACGUCAGUUCGUUUUUUCGAGGGUAAAAAACACGCGCGCUUCGAAAUCCAGACGGUGUUGAAAAAAUCACUCGGUCGCAUGCUGUUAUCACGUGAAUAGGUCUAUUGUUUUCAUUAAUUUUUAAUCAAUUCUAAAGGAAUCGAUUAGAAGUGAUCGCUGAUUGGUCAGACGAAGGUGACGCGGAAAAUGGUAAAGAUAACAUGGCUACUUCUCGCGGCGAUUGCCUGGCAAAUGUCUCGGUCCUGCUUAUCGAUGAGGUCGUUGAAUUCAUGGGUAUCAAGCAGUCGACGCGGAAGUCGGCGGACACCUCCUCGGGAAAAUGUAAAUCCGAGCCCCUCGGGGUACUUCAGAAGGGUGUUCUCCGGCCUCUCUCGGACAGAGAGUCAAAUGAUGCGAACUCAAACCCAGCCGAAUGUGCCGUACACGUUACCACUACCAUUCAGAUGGAAGAAAAUCGAUAAAAUCAAUAUAAAUGGUGGUGACGUCAUCGUUUGCGGAAGGAACCAGGCUAUCCCUACCUUCAAGACCCACUGGUUAUUGGCGGUGAACGGUUACGAGCUGGUACACGUCAUCAAGAAUGGAAUUUACUUAUAUACCGGUCAAAUAACCAUUGACAAGAGGCUUGACUUACCGGGAAAGUACGAUUACAUUGAUUGCAAUAAUUGUAAAAACCUCGGCAACAGAGGUAUCUCCGGUGAUGAUCUCGCUGCUGUCACGGAAAGGGCGUUCAAAUGGCUCUUUAAAUACACGUUUUUCGACUCUGACUCCUGCUCGAGUUACCACUGGGUCAUGUACUGGGUGUCAGGGAGUCCCCCGACUCCGCGACGAUCCCUUCUGCCGGGCUUCAGCAAGCCCAUGCAUCCUUACUGCCGGCUCAACACCAUCCUCACCGACCCGGAACCAAGGGAGGUGCCGUUCGACCAGAUCAACUUCGCCUUGAUCGGAACUAUGAAUGCUUAUAAUCUCGGCUGGGGCCCCAACACUCGGGCAUCCUGAUCUAGACUCGUUUCAAAGGAAAAGGACCGGAUCACAUUUGGAUUGCAUUUUGCAAAAAGGAACUAGAAGAAUGGAGAUGUUGCAUGUAUGAGGAAUCUGCGAUUUGACUGUUGAUUCGUACGUAAAAGUUCGGUAGAAACAA